CCCCGCCAGUUCUAGACUUUGGUGUCAGUCUCAUAGAAAUCAUUCAGAGUUUCCUCAGUCCGACGAUCUUCUAUCUUCUAAAUCCAAGAUUUAGGCAAUCCAUUCCAAGCUACUUUAAUUUACAGAUGUUGAGUAUUUUCCCCUGGUGCUUUAAACUGUCUUACAUGGAUUCCCUUCAGAAAGGAGAGGAAGUGCCCCCGGAUACAGCUGGGGAGAAAUUAUGGGGAGAAAUUCUAGAGAGAGCACAGAGUAUACCCCGUCUGCAAAGAGAUGAUGAUGAUGAAAUGAUGUUGGAUGAUUUCCCAACUCAACCAAUCAAUCAAUCAGGGAACGGGAAAACAGUUGGGUUCAGUUGCAAUCAAAAUUAUCAGGGCCCCGGGCCGUGCAUUCGAGCUAACGGGCAUUCAACUCACUANAAAUUAAGAAUUAAAAUGAUUGGUCGUUGGUUUAUUGAUCAAAAAUCUGGAAUGUUUGACAUUUUAGCGUACAGAAGAACCCAAUGGGUGUCUCAGUAA